AUGUCUAGAAAAGAUUUUAUAGAUAAGGAUAUUGACCGGAGGGUUGCACAAAUCAAUAUAUCUUCGGCAUCCACAGAACCCACAGGACUCCCUGUAUCCACAGGGUCCGCUGGGUCGUUCACUUCAGUUGGUUCGGUUGGUUCGGUCGGUUCCAUGAGCUCCAUUGGCUCAAACAAACACACAUCAUCUCCAUUAAGCAGACCAGUGAAGCCUUCAUACUCCCAUGAGGGCCUGCCAAAUUCUGCCAUCGAUUACUGUGUACCUAACGAUAUGAACGAUAGAUACAACGAGAACCCAGAUGACACCGUUCCUACUCUUCCUUAUCAACCCAAACCAAUCAGAAAUCAGUCUCAUUCGAGAGCUUUCAGUACUCCUUUGAACACCAGACCUGCCUCCCCUUACACUCUAAACCCUCCUAUUGAUGCGGACGGAUUGUCUUGGCCGUCUAUAGGUGCCCGUAAGAGGAUCGACAGCACCCCAGAAGAGGCUGUUCAGCGCCAGAAGAAGAUCGAAGAUGCCAUUAGAACGAUACUUAUUGAACUGGGCGAAGACGUCAACAGAGAAGGGUUGAUCAGAACCCCGGAAAGGUACGCUAAGGCUAUGCUAUUCUUCACGAAAGGUUAUGAGGAUAAUAUUAAGGAUGUGAUUAACCAGGCAGUGUUUGAGGAGGAUCACGAUGAGAUGGUGAUGGUCAAAGAUAUUCAGAUCUAUUCACUCUGUGAGCACCAUUUGGUUCCCUUCUACGGCAAAGUUCACAUUGGAUAUAUUCCAAAUAAGCGAGUACUAGGCCUUAGUAAGUUGGCCAGAUUGGCUGAGAUGUAUGCACGUAGAUUCCAGGUCCAGGAAAGACUAACCAAGCAAAUAGCUUUAGCUCUAAGCCAGAUAUUACAUCCUAGAGGUGUUGCUGUCGUUAUAGAAGCUACUCAUAUGUGCAUGGUGAGUAGAGGCAUUCAAAAGACUGGUGCUGUCACCUGUACAAGCUGUAUGCUUGGUUGUUUCCGGUCUCAGCAGAAGACCAGGGAUGAAUUUUUGGCCCUACUUAAUAGGAACGCUUCUAUUUGA